AUGCACGUCGUCACGAAACAGUCUCCGCGGACAAAGAACGCGCCGGCACCCUCAGAUGGAGAAGCAGAGUCCGAUACUUCCGCUCCCACCAUCAACACUUCCUCUGAACAAGACGGCCCUGUCUGGAGAGACCCCCUCGAGAACCCCUCAUUCAUCACCACAAGUCCAACAACAACAAUGUCGCAAGAUGACCUCUACUCAAACUCAUUCUCCAUGGUCCUCCAGUCAUCCUUGCCCCUCACAGACAGACGGUCGUUUGCCUCCCAGCUCGAGGCCUCCCUUCUCGCGUCCAACUUGACUGCGGCUACUACCACUCUGAACUCGGUCGCCUCUUUUUCGUUGUCGUCGCAAUACCUCAGGAGUACUAUCGGCAACAACGACGUGACGACGACCAGUACUACUGAGAGCGACAGCAAGGAGGACAGCAAAGGAGACCUUCACAGUGAAGAGACCAUGAUUACAGCUUCAGCUGUCAAAGAGUUUAGUAAAGCAAAGCUUCGAAAAAAGGACCGUCAGAACCUUUUCAGGCUCGGACACCGUGGCAGAGGACCCGGCCGACGUGGACCCACCGUUCAAGCCGAGCAGGAGAGGUCGCCCCUGGAUUUGAUUCGAGGGGAGAUCGCCAUCUUGAAAAAGUUGAACCACAUCAACAUUGUCAAGCUGUACGAGGUUCUGGAUGUCGCUGCCGAAGACUCGAUGUACAUGGUUUUCGAGCUCUGUGAACUGGGCGCGUUGACGGAGGUCACUGUCGGAGACAAACUGGGCAAGAUAUUCACGGACAGCGAGUGUCGAGAUGUCUUCCAGCAGAUGGUCCUAGGCAUUGAGUAUCUUCAUGAGCACGAUAUUGUUCACAGAGAUAUCAAGCCGGAUAAUCUCUUGCGCUCAGCAGAUGGAACUUUGAAAAUUGUUGAUUUUGGAGUUUCGGAAAUGUUCACCAAGAAGGGCGACGAUACGAUUAAAAAAUCAGCCGGGUCCCCAGCGUUUAUGGCACCUGAGCUCUGUCGCAGCCACGGGGAAGUCUCAGGCAAGCCCACGGAUCUUUGGUCGAUGGGUAUCACGCUGUUCUGUAUUCGUUACGGACGAUUGCCGUUCAAGUCCGGGACGAGUCUUGAGCUUCAAAAGAUGAUCAACGAGAAUGAACCAGAUUUGGGUGAUGAGCAGGAUCCACGGUUCAGGACAACGAUAACUAAAUUGCUGGAGAAGGAUCCAUCCAAGCGUAUCACCCUUGACGAGUUGAGGAAUGAUCCGUGGCUGACCGAUGACGGUCUCGUACCAUUGAUUUCCAAGGACGAAAACACUCAGAAUGCUGUUCUGGAGGUCACUGAGGAUGAUUUGAGAGGAGCUGUCCAACAACUCAAUGGCCUCUUCCGUGUGCUCAAGGCAGUGUACAAGUUCAAGCAGUUGCGAAAGAGUCCAUCGUCUAGGGCAUCGUCGCGCGACAGACGUGAGAUGGCAGCAGAAGAGCCAUCAGACCGUUCACUCUCCCCACCACUUAUCGACAGUCCACCAUCAGAACCUGUCAACGAUAUCUUUAAGCCCGUUGAGAAAAUCUCAGACAGUCUGUUGGCUAAAAUUGACGCCCUGAUCGUUCAAGGGGAUUCCGAGAUGGAGAAUGAUGAUUAG